UUGCUUAAUGUACUUGAAGUCGAUGAUGUCUAUGGAGAUGAGGGCAUACAGGUCAUAGAGAAUCAGUUUAGGCAGAACCUUCAAACGAUUGAAGAUCUCAUGCAACUAAUCCGGAGGUCCCAUGCCCAGGCUUAUGAAACAGAAAUGUCCCUCAUUGCUGAGAUAGAAAGAGAGCAAAGGAAGAGCACCACUAAGGCACAAAUUAUUGCCGACUUACAACAAAGUGUGGAUCAAACAUUGGCUUCAACUGCACUCAUGUCAACAACAAAUGUCAUGAUGCACGGAAUGGAAGGCCAAGGCUGUGGGGAUGAGAUUGUUGGUGAUUUUGAGUGUCGAAAGGAGAUGAUAAGUGGGAAUGUUUUUGUGGACGAGGAAGGGGAAAUGAGCAUUCCUCUCCAUAUUGCAUCCCUGGAUUUGGUGAAGGGAGGAAUAGAGAUGAGACAGCAGAAAUGUUCUGCAUUGAGUAUCCGAGGAAUGUUGGAGUAUGAGUAUGGACAACACCAACAAAGUGGGGAGUAGGAUAUGUUUCAUUUAACUAUGUGUAUACUUCUUGGUAUUUAAGGUUGUUUGUCUUCAUUCUUCUUGCUUUUAGGAUUUUCUUCGAAAAAUAGUCUUUUUUGUUUAGAUAUCUCUCUUGUAUAUUUCUUAUGUACUCGGGAUGUGCUUGUUCACUUUUUGUAAAAUUUUGACUAUUUAUCAAAAAAGUUCAGCGUUUUAGAAAA